GGAGGCAGGGUGCCCGCCUGCCCGCCGCCGCCGCCGCCGGCCGCUCCGUGGCCGGGACGCUCGGUCGGUGCGGGCAGCGCCGGGGCCCCCGCGGGGACUCUGCGUGCAGCCGGAGCCCGGGAGGGGCCGCGCCGCCACCGUCUGAACUAGGAUGUCCCGACAUGAAGGUGUCAGCUGUGAUGCAUGUUUAAAAGGAAAUUUUCGAGGUCGAAGAUACAAGUGUUUAAUUUGCUACGAUUACGAUCUUUGUGCAUCUUGUUAUGAAAGUGGUGCGACGACAACAAGGCAUACAACUGACCAUCCAAUGCAGUGUAUACUAACAAGGGUAGAUUUCGAUUUGUACUAUGGUGGAGAAGCUUUCUCAGUAGAGCAGCCGCAGUCUUUUACUUGUCCCUAUUGUGGAAAAAUGGGUUAUACGGAGACAUCUCUUCAAGAACAUGUUACUUCUGAACAUGCAGAAACAUCAACAGAAGUGAUUUGUCCAAUCUGUGCAGCAUUACCUGGCGGAGAUCCUAAUCAUGUCACAGAUGACUUUGCAGCUCAUCUCACACUUGAACACAGAGCCCCUAGAGAUUUAGAUGAAUCGAGUGGUGUUCGACAUGUACGUAGAAUGUUUCACCCUGGCCGGGGGCUAGGAGGUCCUCGGGCCCGUAGAUCAAACAUGCACUUUACUAGCAGUUCUACUGGUGGGCUUUCUUCUUCACAGAGUUCGUAUUCUCCAAGCAAUAGGGAAGCCAUGGAUCCUAUCGCUGAGCUUUUAUCUCAGUUAUCAGGAGUGAGACGUUCUGCGGGAGGACAACUCAAUUCUUCUGGCCCCUCAGCUUCUCAGCUACAGCAGCUGCAGAUGCAGCUGCAGCUAGAACGACAGCACGCACAGGCAGCGCGGCAGCAGCUGGAGACCGCCCGGAACGCCACCCGGCGCACCAACGCCAGCAGCGUCACCACUACAAUCGCACAGUCGACAGCCACAACCAACACGACCAACACGGAGAACAGUCAGCAGACCCUUCAGAACUCCCAGUUCCUGCUUACGAGGUUAAAUGAUCCUAAGAUGUCCGAAACAGAGCGUCAGUCGAUGGAAAGUGAGCGGGCAGACCGCAGCCUGUUUGUCCAAGAGCUUCUACUGUCCACUUUGAUGCGUGAAGAAAGUUCCUCCUCAGAUGAGGAUGAGCGGGGGGAGAUUGCCGAUUUUGGUGCUAUGGGCUGUGUAGAUAUUAUGCCUUUAGAUGUUGCUUUAGAAAACCUAAAUUUAAAAGAGAGUAAUAAAGGGAAUGAGCCUCCACCACCUCCUCUUUGAUGACACCCCAAUUCGCAGACAGUGUCCUCUGUGCUGUAUUUGCCAAUGAAAGUGGACAACAACUAUCUUGGGUUUGUUUUGGUGAUUGUAAUUUCAGGUCUGUCACUCUUGUUACAUUGUGUACAUUCAAAAGGAAGAGAGAAAAAAAAUAUAUAUGAUAAUCAUUUCCACUUAACUAAUUUUUACUUCUAGCAGGUAAAUGUAGGUAGCAGUGCAGGGGUGAUCCUGCUUCCUGUACCUUGACAUGCAAAAGGCUCCUAAUACUCCACAUUCAAACUGAAGAGGAAAAUUGAAAUCUCUAAUGAAGCUGCUGUGUGUAUUUAUGAAUAUUAAUGAAUAAAAACUGCUUGGAUGGUUUACCUUAA